CACGUGGGACCGGGACCGGGACCGACAGCGGCCCGGGGACACCGCCGGCACCGGCACCAGGGCCGACAGCGGCCCGGGGACACCGCCGGCACCGGCACCGGGACCGCCAGCGGCCCGGGGACACCGCCGGCACCGGCACCGGGACCGCCAGCGGCCCGGGGACUGUGCUGCGAGUGGGAACAGCCCCCGGGGCAGCAGGGACUGUGGGGAGCCCAAGCGGUGUUUUUGGAGUAAAAGUUGCCAGAAAAGGCCUCAAAGGCCGGGACACCGCGCCUCAGCCCUGCCCGGCCCCGCGCCGUGCUGCCCGGGCAGCCGGGCUCAGCAUCACAGCACCCAUCAGGCUGGAAAAAAACCUCCGAGAUCAUCGAGGCCAGCCUGGGAGGGCCGGGGCACACUGCUCUCAGGCACAUUGAAAAGCUGCUCGGGCAGAGACACCAGCUGUAGGUGUUGGUUAUGGCUGCAGUGUAUCAAGCACUGCACAGGAGAGUUUCCUCCCUUGCCUGCAGGUUGCACUCCACCUAUGUGAGAAAAAUGAGAUACUUAAAUCAGCUAAAGGAAGAUGACAGCCUUUGUAGACAAGCUCAGACCUCAGGAACUUUCUACCUCUUUCACAAUCUCUCCCCCUUCCUGCAGAAAGUUGGGAAGAAAUAUUUGGUACCACAGCUCAGUGCAGCAGAGAUGAAAGGGAUUCUGGAGAAGUUCCAAGAGGCUGAGCAGUGGAUGGAGAAGUCGGUGCUGAUCGGGUGUUCGGACGAGCACAGACCGCGCUUCGCGCUGGAUUUAGGAGCCUUGGAUAAAUCAGUCAUUGAGUCAGAACUGCAGGGAUCAUUUACUGACCUACGAAAGGCUCUCUUUGUAGUGGAUGGGAAGGAUUCUUCUUUGCUGGCUUCGGCCCAGUCCCUUCUGCGGUGGCACGAUUCCCACCAGUACUGCAGCAGAACUGGGCAGCCCACCCAGAAGAACCCAGCUGGCAGCAAACGUGUCUGCCACGCCAGUGGAGUCACCUACUACCCUCAGAUGUCUCCAGUGGUGAUCACCCUGGUGUCCAGCGGGAGCCGGUGCCUCCUGGCCCGGCAGCCCUCGUUUCCCCCGGGGAUGUUCACAGCUCUCUCAGGCUUCUGUGACCUGGGUGAAAGCGUGGAGGAGGCGGUGCGGCGAGAAGUGGCCGAAGAGGUGGGGCUGGAGGUGGAGGCGCUGCGCUACUCGGCUUCCCAGCACUGGCCCUUCCCCAGCAGCUCCCUGAUGAUCGCCUGCCACGCCCUGGUGGGAGCCCAGCGGGCUGAGAUCAGUAUGGACACCCUGGAACUGGAGGAAGCCCGUUGGUUUGGCCUGGAGGAAAUUGUGGAGGGUCUCAAGAGGGAGCCCAGCACCUCAAAGCAAGAGGAUGGUAGUAUUUUACCCUGGUUCCCUCCCAAACAGGCCAUUGCUCACCAGCUGAUCCGUGAGUGGGUUCAGCAGCAGACUGCCCACACAGCUUAGGCAGGGCUUCAUCGCCUCUGGGAUUCCACCAGAACUGUGAAAGCUCAAGAGAAAAGCUUCCAAAAAAAAAGCUUCCAAAGUCCCUGGGCAAGGGCUCUGUCACAAUGAGGACAGCACCACUCUGAUGGCACUCUGACCUGCAGAGGUCUCUAAACUGAUCUGACAGUCCCAUGUCCAGUGGAUCACCUCUGAAAUCCCGUGAUUUGAGGUAAAUGUACAAUAAAAUCCGUAGUUCCAAAGCAUCAAAAUUAUUGUGACCAGCUGUCACUGACCCCAUGGCACCAAUGUCCCAUUUUCCUCCAUUUCUUCUGUCUUGGAUGGACAUUGAGGGCUCCCUUUUUCCCAGAACAAAAAUAAAGGGACAGUGGCACUUUCCAGUGCCUGUGUUUAUAUGGGUCUGGGAGAGCUAUCAAAAACCCGAAGAAAAGCCCCUGCCUGUUUGCUCUCCUCUUCUUCUGUCUCUUCCCUUUCAGUCUUCCAUUUUCAUAUGAAAUAUCCAAUUUUUUUGUUGUUUUGUAAACGUUCAAUGGGCCUCUGCAUUUUCCCCACCAGUAAGACAGCUACUCCUGUCCCAAGAAAGAGAGAACAGAGCUAUCUGGUGGUAGAAAGGGGAAGAGCAAGACCUACACAUAGGCAUUUUAGAGGAGCACAGAUAAUGCAGAGGUGACAGGAACUUCUACAAGAACUGCACUUAGAACAGAGAAAAAUCUCGAAAGGAUCAGUGCCUCUUACCCUGAGGCCAAAGUCUGUGCCUUGCCUGGAGAGCUGGUCUGAUUUUACUGAUGAAAUGGUACCACCUCUCUGGAGGUACAGCCUGUUCUAGUCUUUUCAACCUACUCAAACAGGGGUUUUGGGGUUUUUUUUGGUAGAGCUAGAACAACUACAAGAUAAUAAUCACAUCACGUCUUUGGAAAAGCAUUACAUUUUAAACUGUUUUAUAAAAUCCUUAAUCCAGACCUGUAAGAGAUGCUCAAAAGAGAUGCAGGGACGAUAGGCAGCUCUUUUCCAAAAUGCUGUUUAUUGCAGCAGUCCUGUGUUGUGGGUGGCAGAGCUAAGCCUAAAAGCUGCCAGCUACAGCUUAUAGGCAAGCCUGAAGACCCCUGGUUACAAUGCAUUAUAUAGUUUCCUUUGCUGAGCAUCUUAAUACAAUAAAACCAAUCAGCAUCAUAUAUAGUACCUUUACAUUUACUUAUAGCCUAUCAUAACUUACUAAUAUUACCAUAUUAUGUUACACUUUAAGCUCAAAAUUGUUUUUCUGUUUUCUUGCAGUUGAA